CGUGGCCGCCGAGCGCCCGCUCCAGCCGGGCCGUCUCCCUCUCCAGGGUGAGGCCGAGGGCGCGCAGUUUCCCGUAAAAGCUUCCGAUCACGUCCAUUUCCCAGGACGGGGCCGCCAUGUUCCUGUCCGCCAUCCUGCGCCACAACCGGAUCCCCGGGAAGCAGUGGAUCGGCAAGCACCGGCGGCCGCGGUUCGUGAGCGCCGGCAUGAAGCAGCGGCUGGUGCGGCGGCUGGAGAUGGAGGCGGAGAACGAGUACUGGCUGGGCCGGCCCUACAUGAGCCGCGAGCAGGAGCACGGCCACGCCGCCGCCCGCAAGCGGGAGGCCUUCGAGGCCCUCAAGGCCGCCAAGGCCGCCAAGUUCCCCCCGCACCGCUUCGUCGCCGACCAGCUCGACCACCUCAACGUCACCAAGAAGUGGACCGGCUCCUGAGCCGACACGCUGCGCUCCACGUUGGCGCCCGCGGGGCCGGACCCUCGGGAACCCCGGGGACUGCUCGGACGGAAACGUUCAAUAAAGCCGUAAACCGCCCUUCGGGGCAUCCUCUUCGCUCCGA